GCCGAUAAUCUCCACCGAAGAAGAAGUAGUAGUAGUAGGUGGCGAUAAUGCAACAUUUAUUGGAUGCCAACCGCUGUUAAACUUCAUCGAAGAAGAAGUGAGGCAUCGCUUGAAAGCUGUCAAAAGGGAAAGAGGCGAAAAGACGUCAACAAAACGAUAUAGCCACUUCACUCUGUUGAUCUUGGACAAGCAUAGAGGAAUGGGCUGUGGUCCCAUUAUAGUUGGAUCUACCCCUACUAGUCCUGAGACCACACAAGAAGCCCAGCCCCAGGCCAGGCCCGAAACAUGAGAUCUUUAACCGCUAAGUAAAGAAUGAGGCCUCAGCAACCCCACCCCAGAAACACCAUCACCACUACGACUAACAUAGUCUGUCACACACCUAUUACAACUUAACCCUCAACACAUUCCCCCUGCCCCAGGACCAGCUCUUGUAUCCCCUUCCCUUCCUCACCCAACCCCCUACCACCCCCAACCCAAUACACCCCACAGAGCAGUUUAGCCCACCUCGAGACUUGAGUCACCAGCCAAUCAGCUCCUAGUAGGCCUUGUGCGCCUCCAUCGGCGGCCUUCCCCGGCGGUGUGUUGGUGUGCGAUGGCGCGGCGGGACGCUGAGGGCUGCCGCCGGGGAUUGUGAUGUCAGAGCCCGCCAGCCCGGGCGAGAGCCAGCGCGGCGCUCCCAGAUUCUUCGUGGGCUGCGAGGACGAUGAGAGCGAGGGCCUGGAGGACUACGACGGCUGCAGCAUGAGGACCGACAUGGAGCUGUACGAGGACGACGAGGACACAGACUCGCCUCCGGAGCGACAGAUCGUGGUGGGCAUCUGUUCCAUGAUGAAGAAGUCCAAGUCAAAGCCCAUGACCCAGAUUCUGGAGCGUCUGUGCAGGUUUGAGUACAUCACUGUGGUCAUCUUCCCUGAGGACGUCAUUCUCAACGAGCCCGUGGACAAAUGGCCCCUGUGUGACUGCCUCGUCUCCUUCCACUCCAAAGGAUUUCCGCUGGACAAGGCAGUGAGCUACGCCAAUCUCCGAAACCCACUGCUCAUCAAUGACCUGAACACACAGUACUACAUACAGGACAGGAGGGAGGUAUAUCGUAUCCUGCAGCAGGAAGGCAUCGAUCUGCCACGCUACGCUGUGCUGAACCGCGACCCAGAUAAACCAGACGAGUGUAACCUGGUCGAGGGAGAAGACCAUGUGGAGGUGAAUGGGGAGGUGUUCCCUAAACCCUUUGUGGAGAAACCCGUCUGUGCUGAAGACCACAACGUCUACAUCUACUACCCCACCUCAGCGGGAGGGGGAAGCCAGCGCCUCUUCAGAAAGAUCGGGAGCCGGAGCAGUGUGUACUCACCAGAGAGCAACGUGAGGAAGACUGGCUCCUACAUCUACGAAGAGUUCAUGCCAACGGACGGGACGGACGUUAAGGUGUAUACGGUGGGGCCUGACUAUGCCCACGCUGAGGCCAGGAAGUCUCCUGCCCUGGACGGGAAGGUGGAGAGAGACAGCGAGGGGAAGGAGAUCCGCUACCCCGUCAUGCUCACCGCCAUGGAGAAACUAGUGGCCCGCAAGGUCUGCCUGGCAUUCAAGCAAACAGUGUGUGGCUUUGACCUUCUCCGAGCCAACGGUCACUCCUACGUCUGUGACGUCAACGGCUUCAGCUUCGUCAAGAACUCCAUGAAGUACUACGACGACUGUGCCAAGAUCCUGGGUAAUAUAGUGAUGAGGGAGCUAGCUCCUCAGUUCCACAUCCCCUGGUCCAUCCCCACUGAGGCUGAGGACAUCCCCAUCGUCCCAACCACAUCUGGCACCAUGAUGGAGUUACGCUGUGUCAUCGCAAUAAUCCGCCACGGAGACCGAACUCCUAAACAAAAGAUGAAGAUGGAAGUGCGGAAUCCCAUGUUUUUUGAAUUGUUUGACAAAUACGGGGGUUACAAGACAGGGAAAUUGAAGCUGAAGAAGCCAAAACAACUGCAGGAGGUACUGGACAUAGCUCGGCAACUGUUGCUAGAACUGGGUGAUGGAAGAGAAGACUGCGAGAUCGAAGAGAAGAAAUCCAAGCUGGAGCAGCUGAAGACCGUUCUGGAGAUGUAUGGCCACUUUUCUGGGAUCAACAGAAAAGUGCAGAUCACCUACCUGCCCCACGGGCAGCCCAAAACAUCCAGCGAGGAGGAAGACACACGUAAGGAGUGCCCUUCUCUGCUGCUGGUGUUGAAGUGGGGAGGGGAGCUGACCCCAGCAGGCAGGGUACAGGCUGAAGAGCUGGGCAGGGCCUUCCGCUGCAUGUACCCCGGAGGACAAGGAGACUAUGCUGGGUUCCCUGGCUGCGGGUUGCUACGGUUACACAGCACGUACCGACACGACCUCAAGAUCUAUGCGUCUGACGAGGGCCGAGUGCAGAUGACUGCCGCAGCUUUCGCCAAGGGUCUGCUGGCGUUAGAGGGAGAGUUGACGCCCAUCCUUGUGCAGAUGGUGAAGAGUGCCAACAUGAACGGCCUGCUGGACAACGACAGUGACUCGCUUAGCGGCUGCCAGCACCGCGUCAAGGCCCGUCUCCACGAGAUCAUGCAGAAAGACCAGGAGUUCACAGAGGAGGACUACGAUAGGCUGGCCCCUACAGGUGCAUCCUCUGUGGUUAACUCUAUGAGAAUUGUGGAGAACCCUGUGAUGACAUGUGACCAGGUCUACACACUCAUCCAGAGUCUCACCUCCCAGAUACGCAAGAGACUAGAGGACCCCAAAUCUGCAGACCUGCAGCUGUACCACAGUGAGACUCUGGAGCUGAUGCUCCAACGCUGGUCCAAGCUGGAGCGGGACUUCCGGAUGAAGAGCGGCCGCUACGACAUCAGCAAGAUCCCGGAUAUCUAUGACUGCGUGAAGUACGACGUGCAGCACAACGCCACGCUGGGUCUGGAGGACACACUGGAGCUGUUCAGGCUGUCCCGAGCCCUCGCCGACAUCAUCAUACCACAGGAAUACGGCAUUAACAAAGUGGAGAAGCUGGACAUAGCGUACGCCUACUGCCUACCUCUGGUCAAGAAGAUCCAGCUGGACCUCCAGAGGACCCACGAGGAUGAGUCAGUCAACAAACUCCAUCCACUGUACUCUCGAGGAGUGAUGUCACCAGGUCGCCACGUGCGGACACGUCUGUACUUCACCAGCGAGAGUCACGUCCAUUCUCUACUCAGCACCUUCCGCUACGGAGGCCUGCUCGACGAGGAGAAGGAUCAGCAGUGGAAGCGGGCGAUGGACUACCUUGGUGCCGUUUCUGAACUCAACUACAUGACCCAGAUAGUUAUCAUGCUGUAUGAGGACAACAACAAGGACCCGUCGUCAGAGGAGCGUUUCCAUGUGGAGCUUCACUUCAGCCCUGGGGUCAAAGGUUGCGAGGAGGAGGAGAAAGCACCAAUGGGCUUCGGCUUCCGCCCCGCUUCCGCAGAGAAUGAUCAGAAACAGACAGACCCCGGCAGCUUGGAGGAUCUAUCACGUGACGAGCCCGACCGGGCACUACCACUCUCUGAGCCAAUGGGCAUCCACCGGAGAUCCCCUCUGAUUCGCAACCGCAAGACUGGGUCUAUGGAGGUCCUGUCGGAGACAUCUUCAUCCAAAGCAGGCAGCUACCGUCUUUUCCCCUCCUGCUCUCGCCAGUCCCCUGAGAUGAAGCAGAGUGGUCUAGGAUCUCAGUGUGCGGGACUCUUCAGCACCACUGUCCUGGGAGGCUCCUCUAGCGCCCCCAACCUGCAGGACUACGCACGCACACACCGGAAAAAGUUCUCCUCAGGCAGCCUGUCCUAUAAAGACGAGUUGUUGUCUAUGCCGGCAGUAAAGAGAUUUUCUGUGUCGUUUGCAAAGCAUCCGACUAAUGGGACACAGGAUGACACGUGUGCUGUGGCUGUUCCCCCUCUGUGGUGGCCUGUGUCAGAGCCCUUGGAGGAGCACCACGUGGCCCAGCUGUUGAGGCGCUUCUCCACUGAUGCCAGCCUGUGCCGCCCUCUCUCUCUGGACGGGGCGCUGGCCCACCACCUCAACCAGUGCUCCUACCACCUCCGCCUCUUCCGUAACUGGCUCAUCUCUGGCCAAGACCCCCUAGAGUACUUCUACGGCUUUGAAGGCUGCUCCAUGGUGCCCUCCAUCUACCCACUGGAGACGUUGCACAACUCGCUGUCCCUCAAGCAGGUGGAUGAGUUCAUCACCGCCGUGUGUGAGACUGGUGGAGAUGCCCACUCCAGGACCACAAGAGCUCUGUCGGCCAUGUUUGACUCUCAGAACCAGCCGUCGGUGGACUCCUACAUGCCUCAGAGAGUCCUCUCCUCCUCCGUAUCCCCCCGACAGCGCUCUGACAGACCUCCCUGGUACAGCAGCGGUCCGUCCAGUACAGUGUCCAGCGCUGGCCCCUCCUCCCCCACCACGGCAGACGCCUCCCCCCAUUUUAGCUUCAGCGACAAGACGCCCUUCACCCCCGAGAACAGCGAGGAGAUCCACUCCUGCCAUCACAACACAGUUCAGCAGGCCUCUACUGCUGGCCCCCAAACCCCCAAAUUCUCCAAUCCCACCAGCCCCAUGGAGGACCCGACCACCCCCUGCCAGACACCCCCAGAAGACAAUCCUGAGGCACCAGCCACCCCCAGCCACCUGCCCCUGAGUGGAAACUCUGAAUCAAGGCAGGAGGAGCCAGGCGAGUCCCCUGCUUCAACUGAGGCGACUUGCGGUGAAGUUCCAGACCUCAGCCCAUUGAGCCCGUCAUCUUCCCCCCUGGCAGACCUCUCUCUGGGCCUUUUGGAUGGAUACCUCCCCGGUUCUCUCCCGGUGCUCCUGGAGCUCAGGGAGAGCGGCAGUGAGGCAGGAUCCAGCGCACAGACGCCCCAGUCCCCAGAGGGGCCUGAUGAGUUCUUUGACACCCAGGAGACAGUGGAGAUGUGGAGGGGCAGCACGGGGAGCCUCCCCCAUCCUGGGACGCCACUGGAGGUGGGAGCCCCUCACGCGUCAGAGCCCUAGGUGGGGGCUCAGAGAACCAGAGAAGGAGCCUAGGUCUUCUAAGAGGCUAGAAGGAAGUAAGGUAGAACUUCUAGGGGGCUGGAAGGAGGCUUCCAGGAAGCCCUUCAAAAACUCUCCUCUGCCAGUUCCAUAUGGUGAACCCCCAGUGGAGCAUUCUAGUGACCUAGUCUUAGACCAAGGCCCUGUGGCUUGUAACUUAUGUCUGGUGAAUAGUGGAUCGGGCUGCUGCUUCUUAGUGCUUCUCUACCCUGGUCGUGUUCAUGAGGCACAGAAACUGAGAAAAAGGGAGAGGACUUCCUUUGACUUGUCCAUUAAGAUACGCACAUUUUCCAUUUCCGUUACAUAAUGAACACGACCCCAGUCCCUAUCCCACAGCUGUCUGUGAACCAGCCGUUGUAGGAGAACUCAGUGUGACCAUAGAACUACCACAGAGUACAGUACAACAUCCUUAUCAUGACUGUCAUGUAUGGAUGUUUUUGUCCCUGUGUCCGAUAGAAAGCCACUUGUUCUGAAGUGAACCUUUGUUGCUGGUGUAAACAGUCUAUAAUGGGUGACAUCUUCUAUCCACUGAACAGCCCUCAGUGUGCCCCAUCUUCUAUCCACUGAACAGCCCUCAGUGUGCCCCAUCUUCUAUCCACUGAACAGCCCUCAGUGUUCCCCAUCUUCUAUCCACUGAACAGCCCUCAGUGUUCCCCAUCUUCUAUCCACUGAACAGCCCUCAGUGUUCCCCAUCUUCUAUCCACUGAACAGCCCUCAGUGUGCCCCAUCUUCUAUCCACUGAACAGCCCUCAGUGUGCCCCAUCUUCUAUCCACUGAACAGCCCUCAGUGUGCCCCAUCUUCUAUCCACUGAACAGCCCUCAGUGUGCCCCAUCUUCUAUCCACUGAACAGCCCUCAGUGUGCCCCAUCUUCUAUCCACUGAACAGCCCUCAGUGUGCCCCAUCUUCUAUCCACUGAACAGCCCUCAGUGUGCCCCAUCUUCUAUCCACUGAACAGCCCUCAGUGUGCCCCAUCUUCUAUCCACUGAACAGCCCUCAGUGUGCCCCAUCUUCUAUCCACUGAACAGCCCUCAGUGUGCCCCAUCUUCUAUCCACUGAACAGCCCUCAGUGUGCACCAUCUUCUAUCCACUGAACAGCCCUCAGUGUACACCAUCUUCUAUCCACUGAACAGCCCUCAGUGUGCACCAUCUUCUAUCCACUGAACAGCACUCAGUGUGCACCAUCUUCUAUCCACUGAACAGCCCUCAGUGUACACCAUCUUCUAUCCACUGAACAGCCCUCAGUGUACACCAUCUUCUAUCCACUGAACAGCCCUCAGUGUGCACCAUCUUCUAUCCACUGAACAGCCCUCAGUGUGCACCAUCUUCUAUCCACUGAACAGCCCUCAGUGUGCACCAUCUUCUAUCCACUGAACAGCCCUCAGUGUGCACCAUCUUCUAUCCACUGAACAGCCCUCAGUGUACACCAUUGUGGAGAUCUCGCCAAAAAUAACUGAAACAACAUUUCAAUUUGACAGGUGGGCUUGCAUAUUGCAUCAUGUACAUCGCUACAUACAUACCGUUUACUAUAGCUAGAAUUGCAGCAUGUCCACCAACUCAUGGACAUUGUAAAAUAAGAUGGUUUGAGAGACAUCUCAUUUCAAGUAGUGUGAGUAAUACGUUUAUUUUUCCUGCUGGGAAAUGUACAUGUCAAAAUGUCAUCAAGUCGUUUUGAAAUGCAUUUUCAGUUGGCAACUUUAUUGCAGUAUAUUGAAAUCAUGGUCUUGUCACACAUUGAAAUGAUAAAUGCACCACAUGACUGGUCUGUGACAUUUCAUCAAACAGAAGAUGUCACCCUGUGUGUCUCCCCAGUUCUCCUAUUCUAGGCUCUCCUCUCCCUGUGAUGGUCUGUAACACCGUAAAGGUCUGUUCACUUGAUAUGCACCACAACUGUAUUGCAUCGAGCCAACAAUAGCCACGGUAGGCUCUUUCUUGUUACUCUGUUCUUGCGCUGCACCCGACCAAGCAGCGCUCCACACCUUGUGCCAAUCAAGUGAACAGGCCUUAGAAACUCCUGACUAGCAGCUGAGGUCUUUUCUUAGGGGUAAAGAAGAUCUCCACUACAUGUGUGGUGAGAUUUAUUAUUUCCGUUUCCUCUUUUGAGAUUCAAUAUACUCAUCCGAGCCUGGUCCCCCACUGCACAGAUGUAGGAUCUUAAUUUGAACCAGUUUGCUACAGCAGGAAAAUCAUCCUGCAGGAACUGGAAAUGUGGAUUAUUAUUAAUGGACAUUUGUGUAGGGAGUCAUUUGAUACAUUUUAGGUGGAAAUCACAAACGUCAGAAUCCCUUUUAAACAUCAAAUACACUACACAAUUUACAUUUCCUGCAUUGCAGGAAAGUUCUCCUGCAACAUCGUGAUCAAAUGAAGAUCUUACAUCUAUGUGCUGUAGCUAGCUCUUCUAUUGUUGUCAAGCCAUACAUGUUGUCACGACAAUGAACGGAAACACACAGGAGUUGGCUAAAGCACAAACGGACUGGAGCACCAGGCUACUAUCCCUGUAGCCCCUAGUCACUUUCCCUAGCCCCUAGUCACUUUCCCUAGCCCCUGAAGGACCUGCAUAGGAGGGAGCAGUACUCUACUGACUGUAAAAAAUAAUCCACGUUUGAUUCGAUCACAACUUGUGCACUGCUUUUUUUUUUUGCCAAAUUCCUUAAACCUUAACUACCACUUUAAUAUAAGUAAUCAUAUAGAAACCAUAUGAGGAGAGAUCUAUAUUUAACUUUGAAUGACUCCUAGUGAGGUGAUAUUUUUAAUGCAGAGCCAUCAGAUUUAUUAACAGUUUUAACUUGUAUCAUAGCAACUGUAUAUUUUUGUAAAAGAUCACCUCAAACAUUACUGUAUUAAGCAAUCUUUUUUUUUCACUGAACAAAGGAGGUCGGGGUAUUUUUGGAUGGUUCUCUGUGGUUCCAUUGCGUUAGACAGUUUUUGUUGCAGGGCCUGUGGACUGUUAUCUGUGUGUGUGUGUGUGAGAGAGAGAGUAAAUGAGAUUCUGUAUUUGACUAUUGGGGUUGGUACAGUCGUAUUGUGAUGUACUGUAGAGAUGAUUAUUUCUGUCACGUAACACAAUUUCAUGUCAGUCAAAGAAUGAACAACACUGCUGCUGCAUAGAAGCAACAUUAACACUGUAAUCUGUCAUUGUUUCAGUGGACAUGUACAGAUGUGUCAAUCUAAACAAUGAAACUAUAUCUGAUUGUGUGUAAUACCUCUGGUCUGUGUCUCUGGCCUACAGUAGUGGUUAGUGUUGUCUGUUGUAAAGUGUUUGCAACUUUCAUCUGCAAUUCAGGAUGCUAAACUACACUGAAAUGCUAUAUCUGUUUGGUUUGGAAAGUGUGAUUCAUUUUGAGUCAACUUUUUGAAGGAGAUGGAAAGUGAGUAGAUAAAAUGAAAUAGCAUAAUGAAGAAUUCCCUGUUUAGCUGCUAUGCACUUCUAAACUCUUCAUGAAGGCUUUACGAAUGAAAAAUGCACUUAAAUGCUUUUGGAGCUCUCAGUGAUUUCAGCCUUUUAACUUAAAAGAUUCAGCUGAGAAAACGCACUCUGCUUUAAUUUCUAUGCUAUUUGCUGUGUGGGGUAAUCGGCUCAAUGGCUCUAUGGUUUCUACAAAUGCAGCUUUAUUUCUCUCAAUGAUGUUCUGAAUAAAAUGUCCUGUGAAAUGAUA